AUGAUAAUUGACACAAUGGUCAAUCACAAUUACCAGCGCAAAUCUCGACGCGACUACUUACGUUCGGUGGCUAUAGAACUUAUAAAGGCUCAAAUGCGACAGAGACUUAUGACUAAAAACUUACCUCGGACUAUCAAGGAGAAGAUCAUGAUGUUUUUAGAAGUAAAAGAGAGUAAUUUAGUGCCUGAAGAUGAAGUUAUACCAAAAAAGAGAACCAAAACAGCCAGAUGUUACGACUGCGGAAGAGCCAAAGAUAGAUCGACCAGAACAUUUUGCCAGAAGUGUCAGAAGCCUGUGUGCAAUGACCAUAAAUAUCCUGUAUGCCUUGGUUGUUAUAAUAAAUAUGUAACCGAGCCCAAAGAAUAG